GGUCUGUGAUCUUUGGUGUGUGGUUCAGUAGAGUUGUAGUUUGUAUGUUAUUUAGAUUUUGAAUUUGUUUAUUAUGGCAGAUGAAAUAGAGAUAAAUCAAUCGCAGAAUCUUAUACCAAUUGAAAAAACAAAUGAACUUGAAACAAUUGAAGAAAAGUCUUCAGAUGUGGACAAUGAGCUAAUGCUUCAGUUAAAAAUCAAUGAAACUGAAAAGAGGGAGACAAAAUUAUUAGAAUCUCAAUUAAAUUGUUAUUGCGGGAAAGAUCGAAAUUUAAACAUUGUGGAACUGUUAUGUGCAAAUUGUAAUAGAUGGUUUCAUGAAUCUUGCAUUAGCUACCAACUGGGAAAACUAGUUCCAUUUUUAUCCAAUUAUAUAUUUCUGUGUAAAAAUUGUUCCCCAACCGGACUAGAAAGUUUCAAAAAAAGUCAAGCUCAAAUACAACAAAUGUGUGUAACAGCAAUCGCUAAUCUACAACAAAUUAGUUCAAAAGAGGGUCUAAAUCGCAUCAUGUUUAGUAAAGACAAAGAAAUCAUACCGUACAUGGAGUAUCAUUGGGAAGCAUUGACAACGACGGCUCGGAGAGUGACUCAGUCAUGGCAUUCUACAGUUCACAGGGCUCUUGUUAAAGAUAUACACAUUUUGUUUGUAUUCGAGGAAAGUAUGACUGAUGGACAAAUGUAUGGUUUAUUAUGCAAUAAUUUGACUCAAAUAAGGCCAAAUUAUGAAGCAAUGAUUAGGGGAGGCACUCUUCGAGUUACCGACAUGGGAAUUCAACAUGUGCCGGUCGUUAGCGGAGUCAAAAGCAGAAAUGCGAAAAGGAAAUUUCCAAAUGAAUUUGGACAGUUGGGUAAAAAAGGAAGGCAGGUCGAUCUUAGUGCUUUAAAGUUACCUGCACACGGAUAUCCUUUAGAUCAUCCGUUUAACAAAGAUGGAUAUCGGUACUUGUUAGCGGAACCAGACCCACAUGCACCAUACCGUCAGGAGUUUGACGAAAGCAACGAUUGGGCAGGUAAACCAAUCCCGGGAUGGCUAUAUCGAAUAUUGGUACCAAGCACGGUUUUGUUGGCUCUCCACGACAGAGCUCCACAAUUAAAGAUAUCAGAAGAUAGGUUGGCUGUUACUGGCGAAAAGGGCUAUUGCAUGGUCAGAGCAACUCACUGGGUUAAUCGUGGCAGUUGGUAUUGGGAAGCGACCAUUGAGGAAAUGCCGGAAGGUUCAGCCGUUAGAUUGGGUUGGGGGCAGGACUACGCCAAUUUGCAGGCCCCUUUGGGAUAUGAUAAAUUUGGAUACUCCUGGCGAUCAAAAAAAGGUACUAAAUUCCAUGAAUCUGGAGGUAAACGUUUCUCUAAUGGAUAUGGAGAAGGAGAUACUCUCGGUUUUUUAAUUAUUCUCCCUGAAAGGCCCAUUACAAAGCUAAUUCCAAAUACGUAUAAAGACAGGCCUUUAGUUAAAUUUAAAAGUCAUUUGUAUUAUGAAGAUAAGGACAACGUCUCGGAGUGUUUAAAAAACUUGAAACCCUUGAGUGGAAGUAGGGUCAUUUUCUUUAAGAAUGGUGAUUAUCAAGGCACCGCUUUUACGGACAUUUACAGUGGCUGCUAUUACCCAGCCGUUUCUAUACACAAAAGUGCGACAGUAUCCGUAAACUUUGGGCCAAACUUUAAGCAUUUGCCAAUGAAUACAGAACUUGAAUUUCGAGGGAUGAACCAAAGAGCAGAGGAAGCAAUCUGUGAGCAUACUUUUGCUGACAUGAUCUACUUAACGGAAAAUGAAGGCAAAUUAAGAUUAGAUAGUUUUGUUAUGUGACAAUAAUGUAACUUUUCUGUUGUUUUGUUAUUUUUUGCCAAUUGUAAUUCUACAAUUUUUAAAUAGUUAUUAAGGUAAUUAUGAUUUUGUGUAUUAGCAUGUAUUAGAGUAGAUGAAAUAAAGUUAUGGUAAUAUUAUUUUGAACGUAAACACGCUAGAAAUUGAUAAUUAAGUAUUAGUUCCAUUGUACAAUAGCAUACAAUAUUAAUGUUUCUGUUUUAGAUACCUCUAGUAUAGAUAGAUAAUAAUGCUGACAUAAUAAACGGUUUGUAUUA